UGCCUAACCCCUAUCCCCCACAACAUCUCAUUCCUAUCCUAUCUAAAAACCAAAUUUAGCAAACACGAAACCCAUACUAAAAGCCAUAUCAAACAAGCCAAAAACAAAAAGAGUUUUUUCUGAUCAUUUUUAGCGACGUUUCAAUCUUUUGGGGUCGUUGCAGCUUUCUUUAGCAAGUUUGAUUAAAAUCAAAGGGUUCAAUUCGUCACAAAACAAAAAAAAAAAGAAAGAGAAAAGAUGGUGGUGUGUAUGGUUUCUCGUACGGGACGGAAUUUGCAGAGGUACAACAAAGGUCAGCGUCUCGUCGUCGGAUGCAUACCUUACAGAUACACAAUUAACGACGAAUUGGAGGUCCUGAUGAUAAGUUCACAAAAGGGUCAAGCAAUGAUGUUCCCCAAAGGAGGCUGGGAGCUAGAUGAAUCCGUCGAAGAAGCCGCCUCUCGUGAAUCCAUCGAAGAAGCCGGAGUUCUUGGCAUUGUUGAGCCUGAGUUGGGGAAAUGGAUAGUCAAGAGCAAGAGCCGCGCAAUCUAUCACGAAGGCUACAUGUUCCCUUUGCUCGUGACCGAACAACUCGACCUUUGGCCUGAGAAAAAUCUCAGAAGAAGAGAAUGGAUGUCUGUGACGGAAGCCAGAGAGGUUUGCAAACAAAUAUGGAUGAAAGAAGCAUUGGAUAUGUUAGUUGAAAGGAUCAAUUCUAGGGAGGACCAAGAAGCUGUAUUUCCAAGCUCUCCUUGACCCAGAAUAUAAUUAUUGAAGCAAAUUUUAUGGGGAAAAAAAACAAAAAUUUUGAUUCAGUUUUUUUGGGUUCUAUUUUUAUUUUUAUUUUUUACUUUUUUUUUUUUUGAAUGAAAGUGUUGUACAUAUGCCAGCACUUCUUAAUUACAGCCAUCAUAGGAAAGAUGUUUAAGUUGUCCCACGAAUCUCCAUACUAAAUUCAGGGCAGAUUCAGGGAAGUUUAAUUUUCUUCUGUACUCAUGCUGACAAAUUUCAUAUAAAACAAUCAAAAGCUGUUGAUUACUCA